AUGGCGUUUGCAGCCGCAGACUCGGACUUGGCUGGUCACAGAAAAAAGAGUGCGCGCAAGCGCCCUGGUGAUGUUGACGUAGCUGUCCGAGUUUGUCGCAGACGCGGCGUCAAGCCCGGUGCCUGUGCUCAUCUACUGGACGCGCUGGAUGGUGUAGGCGACCCCGAAGAGUACGUGCGCAGUCGCAAAGAGCUCAGCAACAAAUCCUUGAGGGAGAGACGCUCCUGGCUGAAACAGAAUGCUGUUGAGCUUGCUUUGCCUUUAGCGACUGGCAAGACGUUCAAGUGGUCGACUCUGUCUCCUUCCAAGGUGCUGCAGCUCAUGAGCGACAGCUGCACUAGUCAGCAAGCCAUGCUCUCCAAGACUCUGCCACCUGCCGGCGGCCCGACUCCAGUAUUAUUUUACACCGACGAGAUCGUCCCUGGCAACCCGUUGCAGCCGGAUGUUGCUCGCAAGCAUUACUGCUUCUACGUGGCCUUGCGCACGACCAGGCUCCACGUCCAGCACUGCCACGCCUGGUACAUGGUGGCAGCUCUGCGAACCAAAGUGAUCGGCCAGGUUGCUGGUGGCCUCAGUGCUUGCACGCGUAUCCUUCUGGAGUCCUGGCAGCGUGACUUUCAGGGCGUCGUGCUGCGGCUCAGCCCCACGGACUCGCGUCUGUUUCAGCUACGCCUGCAUGGCCUGAUUGCAGACGAGGCUGCCAUUGCGUCCACGCUUGGCACGAAGUCAGCAAGCGGCAGGAAACCGUGUCAUCUUUGCAUGAACUUGCUGAACCACAGCGCUCUGGACCGUGCGCCGCACGCGGAAGGCGACAGAUGGCGCACGCUCAUGGAUGGCGACAUACGUGUCUUCGAGCAAACCAGCAAUGCUCAAGUCUGGCAUGCUGUAGACGAGCUGCGCCGCCAGCAGCCUCUUCUGUCCGCCGCGGCCUUCGCUGAGUUGGAGAAGAAUCUCGGGUUCAGGUGGGAGCCUCAUGGUGUCCUGGCCAGCCCUGCUUUGAGAGCACACUUGCCACCCAGGAACUGCAUAUACGAUGUGCUACACAACUUUUUCUGCGGCGGCAUCGUUUCCGAAGAGGUCGCCCUGUUCACAGGCCGCCUGGAGAGCCGGGGGCUGCGCCGCACUGACUUGCGCGGCAUGCUGCAGAACGCUCCAGUCUACACGGCUUGCUCCGGAACCUCUCCACUUCCUUUCUUCGCCGCCCAAAAUUGGAAAGCCCAAGGGUCCACACAGAGGGCGUUGCUCCCCCUGCUUCACUUCUGGUGCUGCACCUACACGGGGCCGGUCAAAGAAGCUCUUGCCCAAGAGUUUGCUUGCUUUGAGCUGCUCUGCAGACGAGUCGCUGUCCUGGUACAACUUCAGUUCUGCCAGCAGGAGUGGCUCCUCCAAGACCUGAUGCGCUUGCAAGCCCAGCACCACGACAAGUUCUUGGCCACCUAUGGCCACAUCUUCUGCGCAGGACAGUUCGAGCGAAGUCGUGCUGUGGUAGACACAAUGUGUUGCGAACGCAAACACCAAGAGGCCAAGAGGAUCGUCGAGAUCGACAUGAAUGGAAGCUGCGAGUCCUUCGAGGCCAUGCUGUUGUCCCGAAUGUUCUUCUGCGAUGUGGAGGAGCAGCGACAGCUUCCGCCAGACUGGCACACCUACCGUCUGGAGCACCGCCAGCAGGGUGGUCGCAGGUCGCCCGUGCUUCGCUCGCCUUGGCAGUUGCUUCGUGUGGGGCAGCCACUGGUGUUUUGCUUGCAAGCAAAUUAUCGCUGUGGUGUUAUAUCGGACAUAUACAAGGGGUCCGACACCUUCUGCUUGGAGAUUCGAUGCUUUCGAAUACAGACAGUCAUCAGCGCUGCGAUACUGCAGUGGAUGCAGACGUCAGACAAAGAAACGGUCUGCGUCUCGGAUGGCCCUCAAAUGUGGUGGGCCAGUGCGUACUGGAAGCUGAACGACGCCGGGUCGUUGCUGACGAUGUGGUGA